AACAUCAUUCGGAUCAAUUCCAAUCAAUUCGCACCAUGUCAUCAAUUGGAUAAUUCGAUUAAAAUUGAUUACAUAACAAUUUACCAUCAUGUUAUGUAACAAGUCCCAUUAUUCACACACAUAACACUGCAAAACAGCAAGAAUGAUUGCGGCAACUUAUAACUGUGGCUGUUUAGCAAAACUGUCUGCCCUGAGCCCUGGACCAGUAGGAUUGCAAGCACCUUGUUCACCUUGCUGUUUUCAACCACACGGCACUGUGCACCAUUCACAAAAACAAACAGCACAAUGUUGUAUGCAUUCCAAAAUUAUUAAAAAACCAAAGCAUAUCUAUUCAACAUCUAAAAACAAAGCUUGUUGCUGCAUCAAUCGUAAAAGUUCUUUCCAUAUACCGUCAUGUUCACAGAAAAUUUCGUCUGUACACUUAUCAUCAGCCCUUCCACAAUAUUCUUGUUGUUGCGCUGUAAAUGCAUCAAGAAUGUAUUCGACCCCUUCACGCAGGCUAGUAAGCGCAGCAGUUUCUGCAUCGAAAGAAAGCAUGAACAAGCAGUUUUCGAAAAGCAGAAGCAAACCAAAGGUAGAGAACCUUCAAAUGUCUGACACCGAGCAAACUCCAACUGACAUAAUCGUGUCUGAAAUCGUCAAAAAGGAGCAGCCGCACAAGGAGAUUGAAGCUAUCAUCAACGAUAACCACGUCAUCAUCAGGAUGCACAAGGAGACGAUCAAAGAGGAGUACGAUCCUCCGUGUGAAUGCAUUGGUCAAGUAGUUUCAAAAGAGUCGGCAUUGAGCCAAGGAAAGUGCAAUAACGGCUUUGUGUUCGACAUGGCCCAUGGCAAUUUAGAACUCUGUCGUACUCCUCGAGAGGAUGCUCCCGUACCAUCGACUAAGAAAACCUGCGAGGAAACGGGAUGUCGUACAGUCACGUUAUAUCCAAAUGUAAAAGGCGAUAUCAAGAGUGCUUCUACAGGUUAUCGUAUGGACGGCAGGGAAGUUAGAAGGUCAAAGAUGAUAAGACCAAUUGAUCUCGAAGAAAAUCCUAAUAUAUUCUUGUUGAGAAUUAAGAAGCACUGUGAUAGUGGCGAUAAAAGACAAACAAUCGAUCUUGAGUUCCGAGCACCGCGUCCAUGGUUACCAACAAAAACGAAGGAUCUUCAACCUGAGACAUUAGAGGAACAUGAAGAUACUGACAAGGAACACGAAGACGACAUUGACAAGGAAUAUGAAGGUCAUAUUGAUAUGGAACAUAAAUAUGAGGAGGAAUAUAAAGAUGAGGAAAAAAAUAAAGAUGAGGAGGAACAUAAAGAUGAGAAGGAGCAUAAAGAUGAGGAGGAGCAUAAAGAUAACAUUGACGAAACGAUUGAUGCUCACAAGGAGAAUAACGAAUAAAAAAUAUAAAUCUCACAAUAAAAUUCCGAAAUACUUUUAAGUACUUAAAUCACAAACGUAAUCGUGAGACACUUUAAGAAAUGUCGCUGAAAAAAUUACUUGUUCAUCACAUUCUGUAUUCCUGAAGAUGGAGUAUCAACGGCGAGAGCGCAAAAGAAAGAGAUUUGAAAAAUUUCCGGAUCGAUUCUCACGAUUUGGAGCUUGGAGUCAGGUGCGCGCGUGAAUGGACUUCUGGCUUUCAUUCAUCUCUUCUUGAAGAUUCGAAUAGCCACCCGCCCACCAAGGCCCCCAUUUUUUGACGUCCGACAGUCUCGAAA